CAGCAGCAACAACAAGCACCACCACCAAACAUGACCAACGUCGCCAUCAUCUACUACUCGACCUACGGCCAUAUUGCCACCCUCGCCGAGUCCGUCAAGGCCGGUGUCGAGUCGGUGUCCGGCGUCAAGGCCACGGUGUACCAGGUCGCCGAGACCCUGUCGGAGGAGAUCCUGACCAAGAUGCACGCGCCGCCCAAGAAGGACUACCCUGUGGCCACACCCGAGACGCUCAAGGAGGCGGAUGCCAUUCUCUUUGGCUUCCCGACCCGCUUUGGAGCGUUCCCUGCCCAAGUGAAGGCUCUGUUCGACUCGUGCGGCGGUCUGUGGGCCAAGGGUGCGCUGAUUGGCAAGCCGGCUGGCAUCUUUUUCAGCACGGGCACGCUCGGCGGCGGCCAGGAGACCACGUCGUUCACGGCGGUGACGUUCCUGACGCACCAGGGCAUGACGUUCGUGCCCCUGGGCUUCCGCGCUCCGGAGAUGUUCAACGUGGAGGAAGUGCACGGUGGCUCGCCGUGGGGUGCCGGCGCAAUUGCGGGUGGCGAUGGCUCUCGCCAGGUGUCGAAGCUGGAGAAGGCGAUCGCGACGACGCAGGGCAAGUCGUUCGCGGAGAUCGCCAAGAAGCUUUCGGUUUAGGAUAGCAAGAUCGUGCGGCAGAUUGAGUAGAGCGAGCGUCGCUAACCUACGUUACUAGGACGGAACCCUG